UUGCAGCACAGAAAGGUAAGACAGUGGCUCUCUGUUCUUUCUCCAGACAAGCCUGCUACAUUUACAAUGGCAGGAGGGAUCUUCUCCAAUGUGGGCAACCUGUUUGAGGAGGACUGCUCUAACCUCCACCCCCUUGUGUGUCACCUGUGCCAUGAGCAGUACAAGUCUCCAUGUUUACUAGACUGCUACCAUAUCUUCUGCGCCCGUUGUCUGCGAGGUCGGACCAAUGACUGCUGCCUCAGCUGCCCCCUCUGUGGAUACAACUCAAUGAUAAAAGGAAAUAAUGCCCUCCCACCAGAGGAUCGUCUGCUGAAGUUCCUUGUGGACAAUAACGCAGAUGUGGAGGAGACAGCGCUGUGUGCCAACUGUGACCAAGAAAGCAACAAAGACACAGGACUGAUGUACUACUGUAACACUUGCAACCAGCCACUUUGUGCCACCUGCCGAGAGCUAACACACAAGGCCAGAAUGUUUUCCCAUCACGAGAUUGUGUCGCUGGCCAAACGCACCAAAGCUAAACACAGAAAAUGCUCUCUGCACGAGGAACCCUACAUCCUUUUCUCGACGGAAAACAAAUCUAUGCUUUGCAUCAAAUGUUUCCGAGACAUGCAAGUGGAGAGUCGAACUCACUGCAUUGAUAUUGAAACAGCUUAUGCACAGGGGUGUGAGAUGUUGGACCAGGCAGUACUGGUGGUGAAGGAGCUGCAGACUUCAACUGGAGAAGCGAUCCAUCUGCUAAGAGCAAUGAUCGGGGAAGUGCAUUUGAAUGUGGAGGAAGAAGAAAGUGCAAUCUGUAGUCUUUUCAACAGUUUGCAGGAAAGGCUAGCAGAGAGAAAAAAGACUCUGUUGAAAGCAGCUCAGAGUCAGCAUGAGGAGAAGGAGAAAGCAUUAAAGGAGCAACUGUCUCAUCUUACUGCUUUGCUUCCAACACUUCAGGUUCACCUGGUCACCUGCUCGGCUUUUCUUAGUUCAGCCAACAAGUUUGAAUUUCUGGAUAUGGGCUAUCAACUCAUGGAAAGACUGAAGAGGAUUGCAAAGCUCCCUCAUCGCCUGCGGCCAGUGCAGAGCAGCAAAAUCAACACUGAGUACAGGAGUGAGUUUGCUCGUUGUCUGGAGCCUCUUCUGCAGAUAGGAUCACGCCGCCCUCCUUCUGUUGCUGGUUCCACUAGUAUGGUAACAAGGCUCCAGUCCCCUCUUUCGUUACCUUGCCAUUCUCCGUCUCUCAAUGAGAUGCCACUGGGUUCUGUGUUCGGGCGAAGGCCGACAUCUCACAGGAACAUAUGCACGAAGGUCCUCCUGGCUGAGGGAAGGGAAACCCCUUUCACAGAGCACUGCCGUAACUACGAGAACGCCUACAGGAGUCUCCAGACAGAGAUCCAGAAUCUAAAGGACCAGGUCCAGGAGCUGCACAGAGAUCUGACCAAACACCAUUCCAUCAUCAACACAGAUAAAAUGGGAGAAAUCUUGGACAGGUCCCUGCAUAUUGACAACCAGAUUGCUGCUCAGUAUUCCACUGUGGACACAAUGAGGGUUAUGUUUGAGGAGAUCUGGGAUGAAACUUUGCAGAUGGUUAACAAUGAGCAGGAGAUUUAUGAAGCUCAGCUUCAUGACCUGAUGCAGCUGAAACAGGAGAACUCUUAUUUAACAACAAUCGCCAGACAGAUCAGCCCCUACAUCAUGUCAAUUGCUAAAGUCAAAGAGAGGCUUGAGCCCAGGUUUCAGGAGCCUAAAGAGCAUCUUGAUGACAGAACUGAAACAAUGCUGAAAAUCUAUGAAGACAGCACCGUGCCAAAGGACAGUCAAGACAGUCAAAACCAGAGUUAUGUCACGGAUCAAGACAAAAACAAGAACAACCGCAACCUGAUGCUGGAGCCGGUAGAGACUUCCAUCAAGAGCAGUCGAGCAGCGGCGCGACGCGGCUCUGUGGAGAUGUCCAGUAAAAAUGACAUUCCUUCAUAAACACCAUGUCAUUUCAAAUCUCAGCCUGGUCUCUUCCCCAGUGGAUCAGCAUGCCUUAAUACAGCCAUAACAAGCUCAGGGUGGUAUAUGAUGUCCUGCCUGCCCAAAUACAGUACAGUACAUGACAUUUUCUAUACAGCUGUCAACAGUUCCAAGGUGAGACCUUGGUUCCACAUUAACUGGAUGUACUUGAAGGCUGACAACUCAAAGAUGUCAGAGCAUAAAGUUGAGAAAUCUUCUGUUCAAAGAGAGCAUGGCACUGAAAAGAAAAAUCACUUUAUUUAAGAGUAACGCACAACUUUAAUGAGAGAGACGAAGACUCCGAGCCAGAAAGACGUGACUAGAAUCUGAGCACUAGGAUUGUAGCUGAGUUUGUGUUCUAACGUCUGAUAUUGUAACGAUCCAGUAAGUGUGGAGUUGUAUGAAUUAGCUUUUUACAGAAUGUAUUCAUUAAAAUAUGUCACUUUAAUGCUGGAUCAUGGUAGAUGAUAGAUGACAGGUGUGUGAAACUGAAAAUAUGUGACGACACAUGCUGCACUGAUCACAGCAAAUGAAAGGUUUAGAUUGUAAUGUCUGUGUUAGACAUAUGAUGUCAUAUGCACAUGAAUUCUAUAAGAUAAAACAAGUUUGGAA